AUGAACUCCACCGUACAUCCUGGACUGAUCUCGUUUCAUCCCAACCGGAGCCUCGCCUCGAGCGCUCUGCCUCUGGACAAAGACUAUUCAGCAGAGGACAAGGACUCGUCUGCAGGAUGCUACGAGCAGCUGCUGAUCUCCACCGAGGUUUUCCUCACCCUGGGGAUCCUCAGUCUCCUGGAGAACAUCAUGGUCGUCGCUGCCAUCGUCAAGAACAAGAACCUGCACUCCCCCAUGUACUUCUUCAUCUGCAGCCUGGCGGUGGCCGACAUGCUGGUCAGCGUCUCCAACGCCUCCGAGACCAUCGUCAUAGCGCUCAUCAACGGGGGCAGCCUGACCAUCCCGGCCAGGCUCAUUAAAAGCAUGGACAACGUGUUUGACUCCAUGAUCUGCAGCUCGCUGCUGGCGUCCAUCUGCAGCCUGCUGGCGAUCGCCGUCGACCGCUACAUCACCAUCUUCUACGCCCUGCGGUAUCACAACAUCGUCACCCUGCGGCGGGCGACGCUGGUCAUCAGCAGCAUCUGGACGUGCUGCAUCGUGUCCGGCAUCAUGUUCAUCAUCUACUCCGAGAGCACCACGGUGCUCAUCUGCCUCAUCACCAUGUUCUUCACCAUGCUGGUGCUGAUGGCGUCGCUCUACGUCCACAUGUUCCUGCUGGCGCGCCUGCACAUGAAGCGGAUCGCCGCCCUGCCGGGCAACGCGCCCAUCCACCAGCGGGCCAACAUGAAGGGCGCCAUCACCCUCACCAUCCUGCUGGGGGUGUUCGUGGUGUGCUGGGCGCCGUUCUUCCUGCACCUCAUCCUGAUGAUCAGCUGCCCCAGGAACCCCUACUGCACCUGCUUCAUGUCCCACUUCAACAUGUACCUCAUCCUCAUCAUGUGCAACUCCGUCAUCGACCCCAUCAUCUACGCCUUUCGCAGCCAGGAGAUGCGAAAGACCUUCAAGGAGAUUUUCUGCUGCUCCAACGCCCUCCUGUGCGUGUGAGCCGCCGCCGCCGUCGCCGCGGACCGCUGCUGUAAAUGAUCGAUAAACUUGACGCUUGCCUCUGGUUC